AUGAUGACAUUAUGGGUCAUCUUUUUGAUUGGCCAUGGUAAGUGGGGAUUCGUUUUUGGUUGGUAGUUUUGAUGAUAAUGAGGCUUUAUAGAUGACAUAGAUCAAUUUUGACUUGACGUUUACUGUUAAAUAUUACAAAAUUUUCCGCUUUCUUCCAGUUUUCCCAAUAUUUUUGGCUUGUCAACCCCCGCUACAGUACACCUCGAAUGCUGUUUAUGGAAGCAAAACCUAUGAAGUCCCUGCUGCACAACCCCAACUAUUAAGUCAAGGCGUCCAGUCAGCGUUUGUUCAAGAUCCAAAUUACAGUGAUUAUAAGCCAAAUGCCCAUGUCCCAGAGCCCUCGUUUAACGUGAAUGGAGUCCCCAGUUUCUCCAUUGAACAUUCGGUUGAAGUGGAUGAUGGGAAAGCGUCGAAUUCCCUUCAACCCGAGUUCAAAUCACCUGAUGAUAUCUCGAGUUUGGAUGAGACCCAAAAAAGGCAAAAUCUGGAAGUCGAAAGACAGAUCAACGAUGCUGUAGAGCUGCAUGUCUUUGAAGAAAACGGAUUAAACCCAAGCAAUCAUCCGCCAUCCGAUCCUCCAGAGCCCAAUCAACUCCAAUCCAAGGACCUUUCUCGGCCAGAAAAUCCCUUUCCAGAGCAUCGAAACCUCGCGGAAUGGGCGAGAAUCUGUUCAAGAAAAGAGCCGGCCGGAUUCAUGGAAAUCCUGGAUUGCACCGAAGUGGACUCCUUCAAUGAAGAUCAAAAUCUGGCCGAUCCUCGAUACUCCUCGUGUAAUUUUGAUGAGAAUUCGAGAUGCCGUUUUUAUGGGAAUAAUGAAGAAGAGUUGGUGUUCAGACGAGGGGCCUUUGUUCAUCAUAAAAAUGGGUCUGUCUUUGGUCCCUUUGAAGAGAGUUUCUCGGUUUUAACCAAAAGACCCUUAGGGGCUUUACCUCAAGAUGGAUUUCUUGUGAUGGCCGAACCCUUCGGAAACACUCCAGAUGCCGCCGGGAUCAUUCAGAUGGAGGUCAAAUGUCAGAAAGGCGAUGGAGUUUUGAGCUUUGAGUAAGCAGAGUUUUAUUCAGAGUAGGGUGAUCUACAUACCAUUGGUCCUUUAAAUCCAACAUUUAUUUCAGCUAUUGGACAACCGAGCCGAAUGUGGAAGUAAAAGUUUGCACCCGGGUGGAUGAUGAUCGUCGUUGCACCACGAAUAUCGAAUAUGUCCCAGAUUCCAGUCGAGUUGAUAUUCAAGUUAUCCACACGGAUUCAGAGAAUUUCUUAGUAGAAGUCAUCGUCAGUGGAUUCAAGAAGCCGGGUCUUUUCAUCAUGGACAAUCUCGUUUAUGAGGCGCAAGACUGUCUUUCAAAGGAGUUCAGUUCCGUAAGUUAAGCUUCAUUCAAUUAAACUUUUUUAUUUUCAGAACCGUCCAAAUCAUCUGGACAGUCCAGUUAAGAGUUCCGAAUCGGAUGUUCUGAAGGAUCGGACGCCUCCAUCUCUUCAGAUUCCCUCCCUUCUUAUCGACCGUAAUUCAGGGGCGGGGUCGAGCUUAAGGAUAAGACAAUUAAAUUCGAAUCCUUGCAAAGCAAUUGAAUGCAGCUUCGAGAAGGAUCUUUGCGGGUAUUCCCAGUCAGUCUUGGACGACGAUGUUAAGUAAGAAGCUUGUUAUUUAUCACCUUAUACAUCAAGACCAUCUAAUAUCCCAACUCUUUUAGCCACGGCAAAUGGCAGUUCAGUCGCUCACGGAUUGGAAAUAUAAACACCGAAUCGAACACCAAAUCCAAUCAUUGUAAGUAUAACUACCACCUUUCAGUAAUGCUUGUGUUAUUACUGCUUUUCGCUUAUAAUUUUACCUGUUUCCAGCUGGUUUCGCGUAUGUUGGAGUGGACGACAGAGGUGUCAAUACGAAAGGGCGGACCGUGUACAUCCUCGAAUCCGAGGAAUUCAAUCUCCCAGCAGAGGCUGAACUUCGAUUUGCCAUUUACAAACAAAGCAACGCCAUAUCAUUACAGGUACGGCAGCGCUUAGGAUGCUGCCCUAAUUUUAUUCCUUGGUCUAGAUUUAAUAUUUCUUCAGGUUUGUAUCGAUUCCCUGGCCAAUUGUCCUUACGAGGCCCCACCCAUAAAGGCUCAUUGGAGAGAAAAUGAGACCGUGGUCUUACCCAGCGGCACUAAAAAGGUAUGGUUUAAAGUCGUGCCCGUCCACAAUGAGCAGACCAUAAUAUAAAGGGAGAGCCCUUUGGAAUGUCAUAGAUUCUCUUAUACCAUUGCAAAAAAGUAAAUUUCGAAAAAAUGAAGCCAUAUUGGCAAAUUUGCGGUAAGUGUAAAAAUUUAAGUGCAAAAAAUUCUUACCAUGUAUAAUCGGGUAAAUCGUUAUUAUCGAAGAUUAUUAGAAACUCAGUCUUCAAAAACAUUUCUUCGGGAAUUACACUUUUAAAAAAUUUUACACUAAAGCUCACGUUUUUGCACUUAUACCUUUUUCGAACCAAAAUUUUUUUACUGUAACGGUGACACUCCACCGGGUUCUCGAAAUCUGUCCGUUAUGGCAUCUGCUCAUUAUGGACUGUUGCCUUUAAAAAUGACAUUAACUUAGAUCUUCUUCGUUGCCACCCAAUGGAAACGAUUUAAAUGGCUGGGAAUCGAUGAGAUCCGAUUAGACUUUGAUUGCCAUGAAACCCAUUAA